ACAAGUCGAUGGUCUUAUCUCACAAGUCUUUAGGAGCCCCGACUUGAAUCCAUUCCCUUCGCAUUCCCUUGCCUUCGCGACGUCAAAACCCACAGGCGUCUUCGAGCAGAGUGGCAAGUAGUUGUUUUGUCACUGACAAGGACGAAGCAGCGAAUUAUUUCCCUCUCCGUAACAAAGAAGGGGAACUAAUUAAGACGCGAGGAGCCCUAAUUCUUCCUCCCCCGACCCACCUUUGGAUAUCGUGAAGAAGCGCAGGAGGAGAAUGCGUCGAUCCACUGGGCUUUUUCUUUCCUCGACAGGCUACUCUAGCCUCGCCAGGCCGCAAUAGAUUCUGCAGGUUGUCAUAUUUAACUUUCAAAAUAUAGGGCAGGAACAAUGAACAGUUCGUUUAAUGGGCAGAUUUUGGUCGACAAGCUUGUCAAGCUCAACAACACACAACAGAGUAUAGAGACGUUAUCACAUUGGUGUAUCUUCCAUAGAAACAAAGCAAAGCAGGUUGUGGAAACAUGGCAGUGUCAAUUUUAUUGCGCUCCAAGAGAUCAGCGAAUAUGCUUUCUAUAUCUAGCAAAUGAUAUUUUGCAAAACAGCAGGCGAAAAGGCCUGGAAUUUAUUAAUGAAUUCUGGAAAGUUCUCCCUGGUGCCCUUAAUGAUGUAUUUAAUAAUGGGGGUGAGUUUGGAAGAAACACUGUAAUAAGAUUGAUUGACAUAUGGGAAGAACGCAAAGUCUUUGGCUCUCAUGGACAAGUUCUUAAGGAUGAUGUCUUCGGAAGAAAUAUUGAUAAUAAAAAUAGAAAUGAGAAGGGCAUUACAUACAAGUUGAAACAGCCUGCUGGGGAACAGCUGGAGAAGCUCAUUUCAGGCUAUAAUCAUGUUUAUGGUCUUCCCUUUGAUGAAGAUACUUUAUUUGGAAAUUAUCAAGCUGCCAUUAACUAUAUCGAGAAAGUGCAUAAGGAACAUGGAAAUGACUGGAAUUCCAAUGGAUCUGAAGUAGUUGCGGAGUUGCAGACACAGCAUGGCAGACUAGGAGAAUGCAUUGAACACCUAAAAUCAGUUGAAUCAUCUAGAGCAACUCUGGUUACCUAUCUAAGAGAGGCACUACAUGAGCAGGAAUCAAAGUUUGAACAAGUCCAUCAACAACUUCAGGCUGCUCAAUCACGAUAUGAACAAUCAGUCAACUUACUUAAACAGCUCAAUGUUGGCUCUUCAUCACCAGAACCAAGGCUUAACGGAUCAUCAUCAUUCUCUGAUGCCAUAACUCACAUCCCUGAGUCCACAGCUUGCAGUGGUACUCAAACUACUCCAGUAAGAUACACCCAGGAAGGGCCUCCUUCAGACAGUAAUGCUCCUGUUGCUGUAGAGGGGAACCAGAAGGCAGCUGCUGCUGCUGUUGUGGCACAGCUUGCGGCAUCCACUUCCCCUGCCCAGAUGCUGAGCUAUGCCCUCUCCUCCCUAACUUCAGAUGGUGCUGUUGACCCCUCAAAUAAAAAAGACCAUUCUGAUAACAAAAGACUGAAAGUAGAGGACAAUAUGCCUUCUUACGUGCCACUGCUUCAGCCACCCUUGCCUCCAUUCCCACAUCCUGAUUUGUUGAGUCGGCCUCCACUGCAGCUACCAUCUCCUGUUACACAUCCAAGCUCAACUGUGGAGCCGCCGCCACUACCACCUCCUUUCCCACCUGUACCACCACCACCUUCAUCUGUGACACCCCAGUUCAUGCAGAUUGCUGCUGGACCUGCAACAGGCAUGCCUUUUGGUUAUGGUCCACCUCCUCCGCUCCCGAAUUUCCCAAUGCUUGGCAUGCAACCCUAUCCAAGUGCUUUAAAUCCAUACCAUGGGUUUCAAGCAUCCGAGGGCGUCAAUCAUUUAGGCCAACCGCCAUUGCCAGCUGCACCACCACCAUUGAGCCGGCAAUAAGAGCUAGAGAAAAAUGGUUAGGGAGCUUCAGAUGUGCAGUUAUUAAAAGAAUCCCUCUUUAUAUAUAAAGAGAGCUAGAGAAAAUCGUUUGUCUUCUAUAUAAAGAGGGAUUUCUAGUUGGCAUGUCCUUGUAGUUUUGGCUAUAAACAUGUAAUGCAGAUACCUGCUUCAUCACACUCGACAUUAACCAUGUCCGAAGAUGAAUCAGAGAAUUUGAUAUUUGAUGGUCAUCUGAAUGAGGCACAAUGUUGUUUAUUUGGAAACCUAUUGAUUCCGGAACGAAUGUUUAGAAA